CCACUCAGCAUCAUGGCGGCUCCCGUAGACCUCGAGUUGAAGAAGGCUUUUGCAGAGCUGCAGGCGAAAAUGGUUGACACUCAGCAGAAGGUGAAGCUGGCAGACCUGCAGAUCGAACAGCUGAGUCGUGUAAAGAAGCACGCAAAUCUCACGCAUGGAGAGAUUACAUCACUUCCUGAAAGCACUCGGAUGUUUGAGGGAGCAGGACGGAUGUUUAUUUUGCAGUCAAAAGGUGAGAUCUCUAAUCAGCUUUUGGAAAAGCAGAAGACGGCAGAUGACAAGAUAAAAGAGCUUGAGCAAAAGAAGACAUACCUGGAGCGCAGCGUUAAAGAUGCGGAGGACAACAUCAGGGAGAUGCUGAUGUCUAGAAGGGCCCAGUAAAACUCUCUCUCACACACACACACACACACACACACACAAAUAAUGUAUAAUCUCCAUCACCUUUGCACACCAUGCCCUUAGUUUGAACAUGCUUUUGCGUGUAUUAUAGAACACUCGUGACAGUCGAACUUGCAUUUGUCAGCUGAACACAGGAAGUUUAUUUUAGGUUAAUAGUUAAAUCUGAAUGUACUGUUGACCGCAAUGUUAAUACUAACUAGUGUGACCUCUGACACCUGAGGAUCUACUUAAGUCUUAAGUUAUUGAUGUUUUCUUUUGCUGUUCAUUCGUUUUUCCUAUGGUUUCGUAAUGAAUCAACAGUUUUUUUAAUGUAAGCAGAUGGUAAUAAAGGUGACUGUUUUGAGACGGC